UCUGAUAAUAGCCUAAUCUGUUCAUAAUAUAGUUUAUGUCUGUCAUACUAUGUGGCUUUUUAUAUACAGUUUGUGGUGUUACGUUAAAUGAAGAAGCGAUAGAGUGAGAGUGAGACAUUCAGAGAGAAAGAGCAGGAUACGACAGACCGACAGCGGUUUGGUCUCGCUCUGGGGGUCGAUAGCUACACGCGCACGAGAAGCGGCAGAGCAGCGGCAGAGAAAGAGUGAGCGGAGAACGGAUUUCUCUUUGUGUACUCCAUAAUUAUUAUUAUUACUAGGCUAGUAGGCCUACAAUUUUGUUUGGUGGGUUCGUUGUUAAUAACAGUGUAAACUAUAGGGAGAGUAGAGGAGAACUGUGCCACUGUAGUCGCUAUGGCCGCUCUAUCAGGAGGAGAAAUGUGCGUCAAAUACCUGAUGUUCGCUUUCAAUCUCAUCUUCUGGCUUGCAGGUACAGGAGUGCUGGCUAUAGGGUUGUGGUUGAGGUUCGACCCAAAGACCAGAGGACUGUUUGAAGGAACAGAAUCUCCCUAUGUCUUCUUCACAGGUGUGUAUAUCCUGAUAAUAGCAGGGUCGUUGAUGAUGGUGGUGGGGUUCCUGGGAUGCUGUGGAGCGAUUCAGGAGUCUCCCUGUAUGCUGGGGCUGUUCUUCUUCUUCCUCCUCAUCAUAUUCGCCAUUGAGGUCGCCGCUGGAAUCUGGGGUUUUUCCAACCAAAGCAAGGUGGUUGAUGACAUCACUCAAUUCUACAUGGAGACAUAUCAGAACUACCAGAACACUCGACAGGACACACUGAGAGAGACACUCCGUCUCAUACAGACUGGGUUGGACUGCUGUGGACCCACAGGUUCCGUUGUGGACUCUGCCAAAAACACCUGUCCCCGAAGAGACGGGCUGGAUAGCCUCAUCACCAAGAGCUGUCCUGAUGCUAUAGAUGAAUUGUUUGACUCCAAGCUGCACAUCAUAGGAGGAGUGGGUAUCUCUAUUGGAGUUAUCAUGAUGUUUGGGAUGAUCUUCAGCAUGCUGCUCUGCUGUGCCAUCAGGAAGUCACGGGAGAUUGUCUGAUGAUGUCAUCGUUACCAUGACGGCAGCCGUUAAUGUUGCAUGAUGUCAUUCCUAGUCACAUGAAUUGUGUCAUCCAAUAGAGAGGCUGUGUGUUGAGAACGGUCGGCCUGAGCGCUAGCAGCUGUUCAGGUCCACUAGCCAACCCACUGCCAUCUAGUUAGAUCCCCUAACCUCUGUAACAAGGAUCUGCUAUACCUGGUUCACCUGGCGUUACAUGCGCGAGCGUCGCAAAAUAAAUAUACACAUGCAUGUUAUUCAGUAAUUUCAUCCAAA